UCUUUUGGACUUUCCUUGCCCGAGCCACUCCCUCUGGACCCCCCCGUCUCCCUUUUCUCUCCCUCUUUCUCUCCCUACGACUACGACUACAACCCUUACCUACUAUCUCGUGGCUGCAUGUGAGCCCGCAUCACCACUCACCAUGCCGCACAGCAAAGGACCCGACUCCCCAGAGCUGGGACGGACGGUCUCGCGCUCGCGCUCGCGCAGCAGCAUGUGCAGCGACUCGCAGCUCUCGCACUCGUCUCUGCUGGCUCCUCCCCCGGUCAUGCCGGCCCCGUCCUUCAUCGCCUCCUCCGCCGCCGCCCAGAUUAUCACCGCCGACCAGGAGUUCAACACCGCCGACUUCGUGGCCGACGACGAGAUUCCGGGCCGGAAUGCCAGCGCCCUGGUGACUCGGGACGCCCUCGGGGCCCUGAACGGAUUCCUCGAUAACAUUCUCUUCAAUAUCCUCGCCGCAGCCAAGUCCACCCAAUUGGGAUGCAUUCGACCCGCCGUCGCGGAGGUGCUGAAGCCUCGACUCGCCCGGGAAAUGGUGUCGGCCGCCGACGACGAACUGAGCGAUUACUUGGGAGGGCCCGAAGAUGAACAGGCUGAAUUCCGCGGCGGACUGACCCCCGCGGGUGACUUCGAUCUGAUUCACUCAUGGAAACUGACGCGGUUGCGGUGCAUGGUCUACACGCGGCUGGGUGAUAUGGAGGAGGAGGACGAGGAGGAGUACAUCAACCGGGACACUCUGGGCGACGGCGACGGGCUCCCCCGGCGGCUGGCGAGUCACGUCAGCAACAUCACACCCGCUGCGGCCAUCUUCCUGACCUCCAUCAUCGAGCAUAUUGGCGAGCAAGCGUUGGUGAUUGCGGGGGAGACGGCGCGGUCUCGACUGUCGAAGAAAUUCGCCGACGAGCUGGACGUGAGCGACACGGGCGCCAACCGAGGACCGAUGGAUCGGCUGAUCGUGGAGGACUACGACAUGGAGAAGCUGGGGCUAAACCCGACGCUGGGACGGCUCUGGCGGACAUGGCGGAAGCGCGUUCGAGGUGUCAGCCUGUCGCCGAUGAUGUCGAGAGAAUCCCUCCGGCGUCGGUCCAGCACGACCUUUGUGUCUGCCGCCAGCCGCAAGAGCAGUGCCGUCACCAUCGACGAACACGAACUUUCCCGGGUCAAUCCCGCGGCCGUCCCGCUCCCCGAGAGUGAACACGACGUCCAGGAGAUCGAAAUCCCGGGCUUCCUCCCGGAGCUCGACACGGGGGACAUCCAGACCAUGCAGGCGGUCGUGGCCCACAAGGUGCGGCCUCACAGUCUGAUGGUGCUGACGCUGCCCUCGCCCCGAUCGCCCUCUUCCAACGCCAACUCCCCCUUGACCCCCAAGAUCCACAGUGCAAAGACCAUCCCCCCGUCCCGCCAUGCUCGCUCGAGAUCCCUGCCCAACGCUGCGCCCGUCGAGGAUCCCCCCUCGCCAGAGGAGCAGCCCGAGGAGCGCUCGUCUCCCACGCCAUCGGAAGAACGAAGGCGGCUGGAGACGAUGUACGAGCACGAGGAAGACGAGGAGCCUGCAACCACCACCAAAACCCCCGUUAUUUCCGAACCGUCGGAAUCGAUCGCAGUCCAGGAGUCUGCCACAACGUCACCCACCUCGGUCGCGUCAGUCGAAGUGGCCCCGAGCGAGGCGAGCAGCACGCCGAUCCCGUCGACGCCCCUUACCGAUCGUGAGGAGGGGACGGUGCACCGGCCGAACCGGAAGGCGAUGCGCAGUGAGGAGGGGACGAGGGUGAGUGAGGAGGCGAGGGAGAAUGCGAGCGAGAGUGCGACACCGCGGGCGCCUACCGGCAGCGAACCAGCGGCGCGGGCGCAAGGGGAGAGCGACUCCACUCCGGCCCAACCCGCCGCCGACGAAGUGGAUGUCGAUGUAUCCGAUCCUGACGCCGUCGCCCCCCCUUCGUCUUCCUCCGCUGCCUCCUCUUCGUCCACCGACGAGGCCGUCAGGCCCGCCAGGCCCGCCUCCACUUCUGGGGAGAGCGCCCAUUCCGACGUGUCGCGCCCCAAAUCCACCACUCCCCUGACCACCUCCGGCAGUCCGCAUCGCUACGGGCGCUCGAGUGCAGGCAGCAUCGCAACCCCCAGCUCCUCCGGCAUCGAACGCGCCGCCGUGCAACGCUUAUCCGGGCGCCCAUCCACCUCCGUGGCGUCCUCCAGCUACUCCCAGUCGCGUCGCUCUGACAGUUUCGGCAGCAGCCGCGAGAGGCGCCCCGUCACUGCGGGGUCCACCACCUCGCAGGUCUCGAACAAGCUGAAGGGUCUGAUCGGUCGCCCGGGGGAUCUCCGUACCUCCUCCGAACUCGAUAGGGUUUCCACCAGGGAGUCUGGGCUCGACAAUACAACCGGGCUGGAUGAGCUGAUUCGCAGCGAGGAGACGAUCCAUUUCACCCUGACCCCCAAGAGCAUGCGCGAAAUGGAGUUGCCGGAUUCCCCUCGAUGGAAAGCCCAGCAAUCGAACCCUGCUGACUUGGCCGGCCUCCACAAGCGCGCCAGUCCGUCCGACGAUCUCUCCCCCCUCAGAACCUCCAUCACAUCCUCGCCAGGCAUCACGACGGGCCUCCCUCCAGUAUCCAAGACCGCCCCCGACCAGUCAAUUCCUAGAGCGAUCGAGAUUCCCAGCAUGGCCCUGCAGCAGAAACCGACCCCCAGCUUCCGCAAGUCCAGCGGUCCCAACACUCCCACCAGCCCCGCCGCCGGCGAGAGCAGCCCUAGAAAGCCCUCCGCCAUGCGUCGCUUCUCCGACGCGACCGUCUCGAAAAAGACCAAUCGGCCGGCCAACCUCUCCAUCUCCAGCUCGACGCGCAGCGGUUCUCGCCUGCAGGCUCGUUCCCCCGUGACUCCUAAGGGCGACCAGACGUCCGACCUGAUAGACUUCAUUCGCGAAGGUCCGCCCACGGCGGGCGCCCACCGCAUCCCUCGCACGGUGGCACCCUUCAGAGACACCAUGGACUCGGACGAAUUCACAGAGGACGAGCCGGAGCGCGCAGGACGAGGGGCUCCCUCCGUUGCCAGCACCCAUGACUCGAUGGCGAAGUCGAUGACAUCCGUGGGCUCUCGUACGGCACUGUUGGAAUCCACCGUCCGGGCGAGCACCCCGUCCACCAUCGCAAGGGUCCCGGUCACAUCUGUUCCCGUGAACAACAAUGUAUCGGAUGACCCCCGUCCCCCACGGACCCGGCGUCGGGUCCCCGAUCCGUACGCCAUCGACAUGGACGACGACGACGACGACCUCGAGGACCUUCUCGAACCCCCGAAACCGAAACGCGAGGAAGAGAGUCUCAUGGACUUCCUCCGCAACGUCCCUCCUCCGCCCGAGAUCCCCGAAUCCUCCCCACCCCCCUUGGUGAACACCCGACGCGGUUCGGCAGGCGGGCUGAGUGCAUCCGCCAUGAAAGCCCGACUCCGCCGGAACACCGCCUCCGAGAAGACGCCCAGCGCGAAACCUUCCAAGAGCUCGCUUCGCCAGCCCUCCGACAGCAUCAGCAACAACAACCAUGCCGCCGUCACAUCCAACUACACUGUUAAAGUUGGCAUGGAGCGCAACGGGGGUACGGGAGCGUACGGAGCCGGGUCCACCGCCCCCAAGAGGCAGACCGAGACCAGUGCCUUGGCCGACUUCCUUAGAAACACGGGCCCUCCUGAGCCCCCUGUCGUGGUGAAACCGCCCCCGAGCAAAUCGAAGGACUCGGGCUUCGCGCGGCUCUUCGUGCGUCGGAAGAAGGUCGAGGUUUGAUGUCUCUCUCGACGAAUCGCCUCUUUCUUCCUCCCUGCUAUGCCAUCCUCUGUUUCCGCGAACACGAUAUGCUACAUACAUGAUUAGUAGCAAACGACAUUGACAUGUCUCGUGGCCGU